CCAGAAAGCAAAGUGGACACCAGAUUCAGAGAAGAGCUAGGAUGAAUCCACGAGACACUUCUUCACCACUGUGUGCCAGUGAAUCCGACUGUCCAAAGCGUGUUUAUGGAGGUUGCUAUCGGCAACACGCAGAUUUCUUUGUUUUUGUUUCCAUCACCUUGACUCUCUUUGUCACGAUACCACCUCGCGCACAGCGCCUAGGUCGCAAGAGUCUUGCACUCGUCAAGUAUCCUGAUCUUACUUGUACUGUCGUCAAAGCAGAGGACGUCGUGUUUGUUGUUAUGGGAAUAAGCAGGUAAGGCCGUCGAAGGAUCGUGCCCUCUUUGCCCUACGUAAUUCAGGAUUAGGCCAAGGGCGUCAAACAAUCUUGGCGGCGUUGGCGUUCGUCAGAUUUCGUUUGAGUGAAGUCGUUCUGUCGCUGUCGCAUGUCAGAAAGAAGAGCGAGAAUGUCAAGUUUCGGAGUUCGGUCUCCGUAACGCGCAGGAGAAGGCUGUUUCGUUUUGUUUGUCGGAAUGAGACCAGGGUGUCUUCAGCUUGCGUGAAGCCGUACUAGCCGUGGUAUGCACGUUGCACAAUGGGUGUCAAUAAGAUUGGCCGAACACAGGCGCAUUCCUCGGCACGGCGUCCUCGCCGCUGAAGGUUGUCGCGACCUCCGAAGACAGCGAGUUGCUGCUGCGUAUCUCAGAAAGAACGUUGCACCUCUCCUUUGAAGCCACGCAUGCCUCAUUUCACGGGGAUUUGCCAGUCAGGAGUGCGGAUCAAACAGCUGCCGCUUCAGCUUUCGUUUCUUCGUGCAG